UUCUACGCAAGAGGCGUAUUUCAGAUCGAUAAAUCCCAAAUACCUGACCUAAUCCCCUUUCCCUCGCUCUUUCUUCCUCCCGCGCCCUUUGCUGCUCCAAAGAUCCACUUUUGAUUUCGAUUUCGCCGAUUCAUCCGCCGGUGCCGGAUAUGGCGUGCGUCGACAUCCAUGGCAUGAGCGUGACGCUCACGUUGGUGGACCAGCUCUCGCUCGCCGGGAAGAAGAGAUCCGCCGACGAGGAUCUCGUCCUCGCCGACGAGUCCGAGGCCCGUGGAUGGUCGUCGGCGGUCUCCGACCGCAGGCUCGCCCUGCGCCGCCGGCGAGGUCCGGCUUCCUCUUCCUGCCGCCGCGGCUGCAUCGUGAUGACGGAGGCGCCGGACUGCCGUGCCGAGGAGGCGGUUCAGCAGGUUGCCGCGGAAGAAGACGAAGGCAUUCUGGAGCGCGAGGCUUUGUCUGUCGAGGAGCUGGUUUACUUCACCAUCUUCUAGUCCAUCGAUGCUAAAUCCUGAGGCCUGCUUGCCCAAGUCUCUGAAGAAGGUCAGCCUGUUCGUGUCUAUUGGAUUGCAGAGUAUUCUUUCUAGAUCAUAUGAAUAACCUAUUUUCUCUUAUUUUUUCUGGUAAUGUCGGAACACUGCGGCGUCGAGGAGGCGAGGCUACCACAAGUAAUCAAGUCAGAAGUCAAGGGGGGAUGUGCUGGAAUGUCACUCACUUUCUUCAGUUAGCUAGCAUGGUCAUCAGGACAGUACAUGAUUUCUCAAGGAAAACAAAUCACAUCAUAUAUUGACUAUAAGGUUUUACCUUUCUUUUAUGGAGCGUUACAUGCAUCGGUUAUGUUUGGUCUGAAGACCAUUUUGCACUAUCACCAAUACUGCACUACAUUUCAUUCAGAAAUUGUAUUGAUUUUUUUAGUUUAAGAUUUGGCUUAAUCUGACCAAUUAGAUGAACACAUUCUUUUUUAAUUGCUAUCGGAAUUGAGAGAUCCAGCAAAGAUAUAUGUCAAAUUGUUUAUUGUCUAGCUAUUGGUUUCUAUUGAUAUUCAUGUCAAAUCUCUAUUGAUGAUCAUUUUUGUUGUGAUUUAAGCAAGAUAGUGAAGGCUAGGUGAAAUGUCUAGCUAGUGAAACACCAACCGCUGUUUACAUCGGCGUACAAACAUGAUUACAUCUUUAAGUUGUUGUCCUUGAGUGCUACCUUUGUUAGGCUUCGGAGUUCCGCCGGUGGGUUUUUUCUACUGAUAGGUUUGUGGUAGCAUUUCGAGAUGUCGGUUGUCAUGAGAUCAUAUGUUGGUCUUGUGUUUAU